CGGAAGCGGAAGCGGCGGCGGCGGCGGGGGAAGAUGGCGGCGCGGCGGGGCCCGGGGCCGGUGGCGGCGCUGGCGCUGCUGGCGCUGCUCGGCCCGGGGUGGCCCCUCCGCGGGGCCCGAGCCGCGCUCAACCUGCAGGAGCUCAGCGAGCUCAAGUACGGCCUCGAGAUCCUGGCCGAGCCCGUGCUGGCCGGGCAGCACCAGGCCGGGGACGUGGUGACGGUGGCCUCGCGGUUCAAGCAGCGCUACGAGUGCCGCCUGCCCCCCGCGGCCGUGGGGCCCCCCCCCGGGCCCCCCCCGCGACCCCCGCUCUACAACGGCUCCGGCGUGGCCGAGCUGCUGCGGCCCAUGGGCACGGCGCCCUGCCUGCUCAAGACCAAGGACUGGUGGACGUACGAGUUCUGCUACGGGCGGCACAUCCAGCAGUACCACCUGGAAGAGUCUGAGAUCAAGGGGGACGUCCUGGUCCUGGGCUAUUACCAGUCUGCCUUCGACUGGGACGACGAGGCGGCCAAGGCCUCCAAGCAGCACCAGCUGAGGCGCUACCACAGCCAGAGCUACGUGAACGGCUCCCGCUGCGACCUCACCGGCCGCGCCCGCGAGGCCGAGGUCCGGUUCCUGUGCGAGGAGGGCGCCGGGGACUACAUCGCCCGCGUGGACGAGCCGCAGUCGUGCUCCUACGUGCUGACGGUGCACACGACGCGCAUCUGCCACCACCCGUUCCUGCGGCCCGCCCCGGGGCUGGCACCGCAGCCCAUCCGCUGCCAGCCCGCCCUCUCGCCCGCCCAGUACGUCCAGUACGUGCGUGCCCAAGUCUCUGACACCAAGAGGAAGGUGGAGGAGAUCUCGGAGGAGCUCCGGACGCUGGACACGCGGCUCUGGAGCGACAGGGACAGCGAGCCCCUGGCACAGAGCCCUGCGGGCACCCAGCAUGGGAACCAGCCAGAGCCAGCCAAGGAUGUGACAGCUGAGGACCAGGAGGUGACAGCCACAGCCAGAGACCAGCGGGACAGCACCAGGGAGCCGUCCCCGAGGGCAGCUGAUGGUCGGGCAGCUGAUCCACGCAAGAAAAUCCACUUCAAAGUGAUCCGGAGCCCCGGGGACCUGCUGCAGUUCAUCGAGGAGCUGAAGGAGACCACCAGGAAGGCCAAGGAGAAGGUGAGCGAGGAGGAGGAGGCAGCAGCCAAAGCUACCCCAGCCCCACCUGGCCCCGCAGAGCCCCCCAGCCCCGAGGCCCUGCCUGGCCCCGAGGCCCCCCCCACGGGGGAGGAGGAGGAUGAGGACGAGGACGAGGAUGAGGAUGAGGAGGAGGAGGCAGGGCCGCUGCUGGCAGGGCUGGAGCUGCUGCCACGGGAGCAGGUGGCGAGGCUGAAGGAAGAGGUGAAGAGCCAGAUGGAGCAGGAGUUCGACAGCAUCAUCAGCGAGGUGGAGGAUGAGUUGGAGACCGAGGGGCUGAAGGGGGAGUUCGACCGGAGCCGCGCCACCCGGACCCUGGCGUCCACCCUGACCCGGCUGAUGGACCGGCUGGACAGGGCCGAGCCCCGCCGCGACCCCUCCGGGCCCCCCCCCGCUCCCGGGGGCCGCAGGGAGGAGGAGGAGGAGGAGGAGGACGAGGAGGAAGGGGCGGGGGGAGCGGCGAGGAAGGGCGGCCCCCGGCUCCCCAAGGACGGGCGGGUUCGGGUGCGGAUGGGCAGGGUCGGGAGCCGCGACACGCCCCAGGAGCCGGAGCCUCUCCCGGGGAAGCAGGAGCCCCCCCGGGAGGACCGGGAGCCCCCCCGGGAGGAUCGGGACCCCCCCCGGGAGGAUCGGGAGCGCCCCCGUGAAAACCGGAGCCCCCCGCAGGUGCCGCAGGUGGAGAACGAGGUGCGGGAGUUGCUGGCCAAGGAGGGGCUGCGGGCUGAAGGGAAGAUCGAGAUCAAGAUCGUGACGGCGUCGUCGGGGGGCGAGGAGGAGGAGGCGGCGCAGUGGCUGUCGGAGGAAGAUUCCCGGAGCCUGAAGGAGAUUUUCCUCAGCAUCCUGGUGCAGGGCACGGAGGAGGCGCAGAAGGAGCGGCGGCGGCAGCAGGCACUGGAGGACAAUUAUCGCUUCGUGUGGGGGGGCCGCGACGAGCCCCCCCCGCCCGCUGACUCUGAGGACCAAGACUUCUGAUCCCCCCCCCCCCAAAUCCUGAGCCCUUAAAUCCUGAACGUCCCCCCAGGA